GAAAUGACCAAGUUGAAUGAAACCAAAGGAAGUCAGGUGACUGAAUUCAUUCUCAUGAGCAUCACAAACGAUACUGAGCUGAAGGGUCCCCUCUUUGUUGUCUUUUUACUCAACUACAUGGCCACAGUUGUGGGGAAUCUGGGUCUGAUCAUCUUAACCAGUGUUGAUUCUCACCUGCAAACCCCAAUGUACUUUUUUCUCAGGCAUCUGGCAUAUGUUGAUCUUGGCUAUUCCACAGUCAUUGGUCCAAAAAUGCUAGCCAGUUUCAUAGUGGAAAAAAAUACCAUCUCCUACAAUGAAUGUGCAACACAGUUCAGUUUCUAUGCUGUAUUUAUCACCAGUGAAGUUUUUAUCCUGUCAACCAUGGCCUAUGAUCGCUAUGUGGCUAUCUGUAAGCCCCUUCUCUAUACUGUCCUCAUGUCAAAAAGAGUAUGUUGGGUCUUGGUGGUUAUUCCUUACCUCUAUGGCAUCAUGUUAUCCUUACUAGUAACAAUUAAGAUAUUUAAUUCAUCAUUCUGUGCCUCAAAUGUAAUGAGACAGUUCUUCUGUGAUAGUGUUCCUGCUUUGUACAUUAUUUGUUCAGACAUAAGAGAGACUAAGCUCAUCAUGAUGUUCUUUGGUGCAUUUGACUUAAUUUCUUCCCUUUCUAUAGUCCUUGUCUCCUACAUGCUCAUUAUUGUGGCCAUCCUUAGGAUGAACUCUUCUGAGGGAAGGCAUAAAGCUUUCUUUACCUGUGGCUCUCAUCUCACAGCAGUGGUUUUGUUCUAUGCAACACUUCUCUUCAUAUACCUGAAACCCCAAUCUAGUCACUCUGUUGAUACAGAGAAGAUAGCCACUGUGUUUUAUACCCUGGUUAUUCCCAUGCUCAACCCUUUGAUUUACAGCUUGAGGAACAAAGAAGUUAAAGGUGCCUUGAAAAGGGUCCUUAAGAAAUUGAUAUGA